AUGCUCCGCGCGCCCGCCUCUCCCCCAUCCAACAACGCCGCCGCGCCUGACCAUCGCGACGCCACUCGCCGCCCUCCUUCCAGAUCGCUCGUCGCCGCGCCACGCGCCACGCCGCGAGGCCGCGACAGCGACGAUCGCAGCUACUGCCGGGGCAGGGAGCCGCUACGACCGCCGCACCUCGCGCGCCCUGCGCUUUCCGCCUCGCGGCCGCUUGCGCCCACUCGACCGCCGCGUGCCCCACGCGCACGAUGGCAGCGAAUCUUGGUAGCGGUGCUGUCCUUAACGGGGAUCGCGCUCGCCCUGGCUCCGCUGGCGGGUGGCGGGCGAUGGCGGCGGGCGGUCUCGUAUCCAUGGCGUCUCCCCGUGCUGCGACGAGCUGGCGACGACGCCAUGCGACACACCGUCUGGCCCAGCGACGGGGACCUGCGACUAUCCGACGACAGAGACGGCCGCUUCGCGGGUGGGUGGGGAGGAGGGGGGAACAUGGGCCAAGGGCUGGCAGCACAGGGGGAUGCGCGGAGCGCGGGGAAUGGGAGCUGGGGUUGGCGCAACUGGAAGGGUGCGGGGGAAGGUGAGCUGGGCGGGGGGCUGAGUGAAGCGCGGAGGAGGGAGGCGCUGCAGGGGCAGGAGUGGGGCAGCAGAGGGGCGAGGCUGAGAGCAAGGGCUGCAGGGGAGCAGAGCCGGCGAGGCGUGGGCGGUGGGGGCGUGAGGGAGCAGCGGGCAGAGGUUUCAAGGGGCGAGCAGGGCGGCGAGGGGGCGGGCACGGGGGCAGCGGGCAGCAGCGGUGGCGGAGGCGGGCAGCAGUACGGCGUGCAGGCGGUGCAGCGGGAGGCGUGGUGGACGGCCCACUCAACGUCGGUGGCGGAGACAGUGGCAUCGGACUACCCCCUACUGGCCACGCGGGCCGGCACCUUCUUUGAUGCCUUCUGGGAGCGCUCGCCCCCGCUGCGCGCCUGUGUCCUGGCCACCUUCCACUGCGCCUCCCUCCACUGCGUGCGCUCCAAAGCCCUCUUCGCCCUCCUCGGCGCCGGCCCCUCCCCCGCCCUGCUGCUCGCCGCCCGCUCUGUGCUGCACGGCCCAGCCGGCAAUGGGGGGGAGGAGGCGGGCCGUGCAGGAGCGGGAGAAAGGGGGAAGUCUGGCGGGGAAGGGAGGAAGGGAGGCGAGAGGGCAGGUGCAGAGCACAUGGCGGAACGACAGACGCACAAAGGGCGGACGGAAACAGGCGGGGCGGCCCCUGGGCAGACCACCAAGCGGCAUCUCCUGGGCGUGCGGGGCGCGGUUGCAAGUGAGGGAAGGGAGAGGGGUGGAGGUGCGGCGGAGCAAGGGGAGGUGCAGGGAGAGGGGGCGGUGUGGUUUGACGUGGCGGUGCAUGUGCGCACUCGCACUCUGGCCGUGGAGAAGGCUGUCAAGCCGGGCAGCACCGACACACAGUGGCAGGGGUGCACCGAUGCAGGCGCCAAGCCUUCGGCCUCGCCCUUCCUGCAGGACUGCCUGUGGCGCUGCGUGCUCUCCACCGUCGCCCUCCUCGCUGCCAACAGCAGCAGCAGCAGUGGCAGCAGCAGCCAUGCGGACACGCAAUCAGUGGGCUCGGCAGGAGGGCGGGGAGGGAGGAGGGUGACGGUGUUUGUGGCGACGGACAACGAGGAGCUGAGGCCGGUGUUUGUGGAGCGCCUGCAGCGCAUGGAGGGCGCACACGUGUACUGGUCCGCAGCAGCAGUGCGCCACACGUCUAAGGCGGGCGCUGAUGGGAAGGCGGGGCUGGGGGGGCUGCAUGGGCUGGCCGACUGGUGGCUGCUGUCAUGCGCCUCUGCUGUGCUACAGGUGGCGCAUGCUAGCUCCUUUGCUUACUUCGCUGCUCUCUUUGCCAAUAGCACUCUUGCUUCGAUUUCCACGCUAAAUGGCCACUGUGAUGUACAUUAUGAGCAUAUAGCAGAACCUGUUACAUGA